GGUUGCUCUCGCGGACUGACAGAUGGAGUGGUUGCUGUGACUCGCGCUCGGACUCAAAGCAAAGACAUUUUUUUAUUGAAAAACAGGAGGGAAUCAGUUUUAAUUGAAUCUGCAAUGAGAGGGGAACAGAUCGAGAAUGGAGAGAACUCAACGAACUCGCAGAGUGAAAUCCUGAUGAAGCAGCUGAGGGAGAUCACCGGCAUCCAGGACUCUCAGAUCCUCUGCAGAGCCCUCAAUGCCAGUCAGGGGGACAUCGGCCAUGCCGUCGGGCUGCUGACCAAUCAGCCUGCAGAGCUCCAGGAUCCUGAAGAUCCUCCAGAGCCGUCUGCAGAGGCCUGGGACAAACAGAAAGGACUUCCUAAAGAUGAGCUGCAGACGGCCAUAGAGCUCAGCCUGCAGGAGUCCCAGAAUGCCCAGGAGGAGGAGAGAGAGUUCAACAGGGCUCUGGAGGCUAGCGCUGAGGAGAGCGCAGCGAGGAUGAAGAGGAAGAGGAGUGAAGCUCAGAGUGACAUGUGCAAUCCGGCAGAGUGGAUCCGGCAGGACGAGUGGCCCGUGGGCAUCAGAAACGUGGGGAACACCUGCUGGUUCAGCGCCGUCAUCCAGUCUCUCUUCCACCUGCCCGUGUUCAGGAGGCUGGUUCUCAACUACCAUCUGUCUGAGAGAUUACUGGAGAAGUGUAAGAGCCAUUCUGACAAGAGGAACAUGGCCUUCAUGCAGGAGCUGCGCUGUCUCUUCGCUCUGAUGGUGGGAUCCUCUCGCACGUUUGUGGACCCGUCGGCUGCCGUGGAGCUGCUGAGAGACGCCUUCAGGACCAGCGAGGCCCAGCAGGACGUCAGUGAAUUUUCCCACAAACUGCUGGACUGGCUGGAGGACGCGUUUCAGCUCGCUGCCAAAGAUAAAGUUGAAGACAAACAGAAGAACCCAAUGGUCCAGCUUUUCUACGGUACCUUUGUGACAGAAAGAAGACACGAAGGUAAGACGUUGUGUAACAUCGAGCAGUUUGGACAGUACCCUCUGCAGGUGAACGGCUUCAACAACCUGGACGAGUGUCUGGAGGGAGCGAUGGUGGAGAGAGAGAUCGAGUCUCUGCACGCAGAUCACAGCGUCACGCCUGGACGAGAGAGAUGGUUCAAAAAGUUACCCCCAGUCUUGACAUUCGAGCUGUCGAGAUUUGAGUUCAACACUCAGCUCGGUCGCCCCGAAAAGAUUCACAAGAAACUGGAGUUCCCUCAAAUCAUUUAUAUGGACAGAUAUCUUCACAAAAACAUAAACCAGACCCACGAGAGGAGAGGAGACGUGAAAAAACUGAAGGAUCAACUCGCAGCUCUGCAACAGAAACUUGAGUGCUAUAAGAACUACGGCUCCGGACCCUCGAAGUAUCCUCUGGCCGACAUGUUGCAGUUUAUUCUGGAGUUCGCCACCACCAAACCCUCCAGUGUUUCCCCCGCUGAAGACCUGAGAGCUGCUUCUCCUGCGAGCCUCCUCCCCAAUGAACCCCUCCCCAAAGACAACAGUGAACCCACAGACGCAGAUUCAUCGGAGGAUCCUGUUGCCGGUGUUUCCAGUUGUCAGCGGACCCCGAUCUAUAAACCCUUCACCCAGUGCAGACUCCCCAUAGACUGCCCCCCCCACCCGGCCCCCCACAGCGUCUCUGAGGAGGAGCUGCACUUUGUGAAGAGCUGCCUGCAGCGCUGGAGGACCGAAGUAGAGAACGACAUCAACGAGCUAAAGGCCAGCAUUGAAAGGCUCACUCAGAUGCUUGAGGCCAUGUACACAGACAACAACCUCUGCCAGGUGCCCUACAGACUUCACGCGGUGCUCGUCCACGAAGGCCAGGCGUCAGCAGGUCAUUACUGGGCGUACAUCUACGACCACGCCAACAAGCGCUGGAUGAAGUACAACGACGUGAGCAUCACUGAGUCGUCGUGGGAGGAGCUGGAGAGAGACUCCUUCGGGGGGAUGACCAACGCCAGCGCCUACUGCCUGAUGUACAUCGACGACAGGCUACCAACCCUCACUACAGAAGCCACAGAUGACGAGACAGGCCAGGUUCUUCACGGCAUUGAAUCCCUUCCUCCGGUUCUCCGGCGCUACGUCAGCGAGGAUAACCGCUGGUUCCAGCAGGAGCUCAGCGAGUGGGAGGAGCAGUUCUGCCAGACGGCGGCUCCACAGGGAGGAUCCACUGACCCCCGUCCAAAUGAGAAACUCCAGACUGCAGUGGAGCCGGCACCUCAGUCAGGACCGUCUGAAGAAGAGCUGGAAGAGGAGGAGGCUUCUUCAGAACCACAACCGGACCCAGAAGCAGAGGAAGAUCCUGAGCCCGAUCCCAGAGAGAAGCCUGAAGAAGAAUCAGAGGUAUCACCCCCACCUCCACAGAUCGACAGCAGCAGUGAAGCCGUCACUGACACCCUGGAUCCCAGCCAGAGCCCCAACCAAUCAGAGAAGGAGCUUCAGAGUCAGACUCAUGACUCAGCGCUCAUUAACCCGACGCCCUCUGACCUCCAUGUGGAGAGGGACGACACUCAGACGGCAGCCCGAGUUCCUCACACUGCAGGCGGGUCAGAGGCCUCCAGAGAGACCCCUGAAGAGGAGGAGGAGGAGGAGGAGGAGGAGGAGCAGCAGGAGGUCCCGGUCAGAGAGAACGUAGUCUCCGAGGUGGAGAUCCCCAACGUGGGCCGGAUCAUGGUGAGAGCCGACGCUGACGGAUACAACGAGGAGAUGAUGCUGACUCCGGCGAUGCAGGGCGUGAUUUUAGCGAUCGCCAAGGCCCGACAGAUCUUCGAUAAGGAAGGCCCUGAGGCCGGACUCAUCAAGGCUUUCCAUGAGGAGUACUCCCGGCUGUUCGAGCUCUCCCAGGAGGAGACGACCCCCUCGGAGGACGUGCGCCUGCAGCACUCUCUGGUCUACUUCUUCCAGAACAAAGCGCCAAACCGUAUCAUCGAGAGGACGCUGCUGGAGCAGUUCACCGACCGCAACCUGAGCUUCGACGAGAGAGCCAUCAGCAUCAUGAGGGAAGCUCGAACCAAGCUGCGCCUCAUCAAGCCCGAGGACAUGGACAUGGACGAGUACCUGCAGUGGCACGAUGACUACAGGCUCUUCAGGACGGUGUUCGUCUACCUGCUGACCGGACUGGAGCACUACCAACACGGGAAGAUGCGAGAGGCUCUGAUUUUCCUCGCUCACGCCUACGAGACGAACAGCGGGCUGCUGGUGCACGGAGAGAGGCGGGGCUUAGAGAAAUCUCUCAUCUCCGUCUACAGGAGGAAAUGUCUCACUGCGAUGAAUGACAGUGCGUCCCAGCUGUUCUGCAGUGGGGAUCAGCACAGUGUGGAGGAGGGUGUUUCCAUCAUGGAGGAGGCUGUGAUCCCCUGCCUUCACCUGAUGAGUCGAGAGCAGAGUCCGACCCGAGAAGACAGGGACGCCAUGGAGAGCAUCCGGAGCCACUGGUGCUGCUGCCUGGGGAGAGACAUGGAGGACUCCUUGCAGGAGAAGCUGGGGGAGUUUCUGCCGCGGGUUCUGGACGGUUCUGCUGAGAGGAUCGUUCUCAAAGACCCCCCCAAAGUCCCGGUGACGCCGGCCCACGACCUGUGCAGCCGCCUGGCCGCCGUCAUGGAGUCUCUGCACAAAACCUCCGUCGUCAGCGUUAAGUAAAACCCUCAAUUCAUCCCCAAAAUAAGAACUCCUUUAAUCGAGGGUCCGACCGGUGUAUCUGCUGGUUUCGCACGGCUAGCUGUAAGCUCCAGUGGUGGAAAGUAAUGGUACACAUGUGGGUUACUUUUAUAUAUGUAUUUUCUUCCUGUGGCACUUUAUACUUGUACUACACUACAUCCAAGAAAGAAAUAUGGUACAUUUUAGUCCACUGUGUAAAUUACACUGCUUAUAUUACUUUCAUUUUAAGUUACGAAACAUACAAAGAACUUUUAAAAAUAUAUAUGUUUUGAUGUUGAUUAAACUGUCCAGCAUUGUGUUUAAAUACACCCAGAAACACUAGCAAUUCACAAACCAAAAACAUUUCAUAUUUCAUUUUGAUCAAAUGUGAGGAUUUACCAGAUUAUUCAAAAUAAGUCAUUUAAGAAUUUUGACUUUCUUUCUGUAAUGAGUACUUUUACUUCACACACUUUGAGUACAUUUUCCUGACGCUAUAAUACUUCUACUUAAGUAACAUUCUCAAUGUGGUACUUUUACUUGUAGUGGAGUAUUAAGUAAUGGAUCAGAAUACUUCUUCCACCACUGAUAGGCUCUCUUUUUGGGGUUAGAUAGGGUUAGGAAACAUGAAUGCAGCCCCAAGCCUGUUGAAAUACACAAACAGAAGUCCUUAAAGCAGCAGCAUGUUUUGCAAAAGUAGCACACUAUCAUGUCGAAGAACUGGUGAAAGUAUGUAUUAGUUUUUACCAGAUAUGAGUUUAAAUACUGGCACUGAACUGAGUAGGAAGUGAGUGGAUUGGUAGGAUUUGUGUGAACGCACAUUAAGGCCUUUAGACGGGGCUAAAAAAACACUAGUUUAUUACUGCACGGUAACAGAUGCUUUUAUAAUUAAAUCUAUGUUUUAUAUAACGUUACCAGGACAUUUUAGGUGAAACUAGAAAGAAACAUAUCCACAGAUCUAUUAUGCAAAAAGAAAAUGAUGGAGGUUAAUCUGUGCACUAGAGCUACUGGACCUCUGUUGUUAACCAUGUAAAGCCUUUGAGAGGAAACACAUGGGACAAGAGAGGAAGUGCUUUCUGUCUGGUGUCACUUGUACUCUGUGAUGAUACUCAAUAAAUGUUUUAAAUACUC